GCAUCUGUUCUGGUGCACGUAUUUAUGGUUGCUGUAGUACAAUGCUUCUUCGUCCAUCAAAUAUAUUACCUCUGUCGCCCUCAAGUGAAGUGGUGGGUGACCGCCCCAAUUAUGCUAUUAAUACUGGGUCAGAUUGGGUUUGGCAUAGCGGCGGCUGUUCUGGAGUUUGUCAUUCACAAGACCAGUGUCCUUACGCAGAUCUCGUUUUACGUUCUAACCCCGGCUUUUGCCAUCAUCGUACUAAUUGAGGUCCUGAUUACCGUGUCACUUUGUGUACUCUUCUACAGCAGUCGCUCUGACUCUGCAUUUCCAAGCACAAAGCGUCUCCUGAAUACACUUAUCAUCUACGCUGUUAACCGGUGUGUGCUGAUAUUACUAGUCGCCGUUGGAGAGCUCGCCGUUGCCGUUGAGCACCAAGACGCAUGGAUAAUGGCAUUGGACUUCAUUGUUCAGGGGUUGUAUCCCAAUUCACUUCUAACAUCACUGAACACUCGGCAAUACCUUCAACUCCAGGUUUCAGGUACCCUGUCAGAUCUACACACCAAUACUAUGCGCUUUGCGAACCUGCCGAAGCUUCCGGGGCAUGAAGAGAGUUCACAGGAUAGAGCAAGGCUAUCUGGCAUACACGAAGGAUCUGCCAUUGAUAUUAACAUCGACCCGGCACCCGAUAAGACUACGGUAUUGCGAAGAGAGGGAGAGGCGUGAUUCUAACAGUUC